AUGUUGCUGGAGGUCAUUCACAGCGAUGUGUGUGGCCCCAUGAAAACUCCUACCUUCAGUGGAAAACGAUACUUCGUGACUUUCAUUGACGAAUACUCGCACUACUGUGUGGUGUAUCUGCUUCAAAACAAGUCUGAAGUAGCGACCAAGUUCGCUCAAUUUGUUGCGUUGGCGGAAACCCAAACUGGCAAACGUGUGAAGACUCUUCGAAGCGAUAAUGGUGGUGAGUACACUUCCAGAACGAUGUCCAAGUUCUGUGCGGACCAUGGUAUCAUGCAGAAAUUCACGCCGCCUUACACUCCUCAAUUGAACGGUGUCGCCGAGCGGAUGAAACAGACAUUAGUGAAAUGUGCUCGUUGCAUGAUGGAACAUGCUGAGUUAUCCAAGUCGUAUUGGGGUGAGGCAGUCAUGACUGCGAACUUCCUACGUCUUCGCUGUCCAAGUCGUUCAACAAGUCACGACAAGUCACCCUACGAAGUAUGGAGUGGUAAGAAACCGCUACUGGCAAACCUGAAGGUGUUCGGUUGUCAUGCAUACGUGCAUGUGCCCAAGCCAAAGCGGUCCAAGCUCGAUGCAAGAUCGAUUCAGUUUCGGUUCAUUGGAUACUCCGACCAUGAAAAAGCGUACCGUUUCGAGGAGAUCAAGAGUCGUCGUGUACUGGUCAGUCGCGACGCACAGUUCAUGGAGAAUGUUUUCGACAGUGGGAGACGCGACUAUGUGCAAGAUGGAGCCGUCGUCGAAGAAGAAGCUUUUAUGGAAGAUGAGGAUGUACCUAUGGAGGACUACUCCUCAGAUGACACCAGCAACAUGAAUUUUGAAGAGGCUACAAUGGAUGGCGUUGAUGAACCCGGCGUUAAGAGACACCAACGCACACAGUCGCUCGAGGCCUUGGCCAACGCUCCUGAUGCGAAACGUCGAGCUCUAUACCUUACCAUGGCCGAGAUGUCUGCGACUGCUGAUACCAGUCACUCUGUUGAGACUGCCUACGUCGUGGAUUCAGUGGGAGAUUUACCAAGGACAUUCAAGUCAGCAAUGGAAUCCAGCGACGCAGUCAAGUGGAAAGAAGCUUGUGACUUUGAAAUAAAUUCCCUUCGUCAAAAUGAGACCUGGAAUCUCGUGCCGCUUCCACAGGGACGCAAUGCAAUUGGUAAUCGAUGGGUAUUUCGGGUAAAGGAGACCAAGGAUGGAAGAAUCGAGCGGUUCAAAGCGCGUUUGGUAGCCAAAGGUUUCUUACAGAAACAUGGCAUUGACUAUGACGAGACCUUCGCUCCUGUGGCCAAGUUCACAUCCAUCCGAGUUUUACUCAGCUUAGCGGCGAAGUACUCGUUCAUGAUUCACCAGACGGAUGUCAAGACAGCAUUUCUAAAUGGACAUCUUGAGGAAGAUAUUUACAUGGCGCAGCCGGAUGGAUACGUUGAUGAAGAUCAUCCGGACUUUGUUUGCCAGCUAAAGCGCUCUCUAUAUGGUCUGAAGCAGUCCCCACGGAUGUGGAACCAGACCAUUGACAAGUUUAUGCUGGACUUGGAUUUUAAGAAGUGCAAGACCGACCAUUGCAUUUAUUUCAAGCGAGAUCAAGAAGACUUGAUUUUUGUAGCGCUGUACGUUGACGAUUUGGUCCUCGUAAGCAACAACGCCGAACUGAUUAGAGCUACAAAGAAUGCGCUAAGUGAGCGGUUUGACAUGACGGAUCUUGGCGACCUCAAGUACUUCCUAGGAGUGGAAGUUAACCAAGAUCGUUCAGCUGGUACGAUUUCGAUUUGUCAGUCCAAAUUUGCAAAGGACAUCCUUGAGAAAUUUGGCAUGGAUAACAGCAAUCCUGUCAGAACUCCACAAGAACCAGGACUCAAGCUGACAAAGUCAAUGUGCGUGGAUGGGUGCAAGCAUGACGAAACGAUGGCAAAUGUGCCAUUUCGCAACGCAGUCGGCUGCUUGAUGUACCUUAUGGUGGGUACACGCCCAGACCUUGCAGCUGCAGUGGGAGUGCUUAGCCAGUUCUCGGCAGACCCUUGUCCGACCCAAUGGCAAGCUCUUAAGCGGGUGUUACGUUACAUCCAAAGCACAAGGGAAUAUGGAAUCGAGUAUCAAGCAACAAACAAUGACAAACUGCACGGCUACUCGGAUGCAGACUGGGCCGGAGACGUGGAAGCUCGACGAAGCACAAGCGGGUACAUGUUCAUAUUGAACAACGGGUGUGUAAGCUGGAGAAGUAAGAAACAGAGCACUGUGGCUCUUUCAUCUACGGAAGCGGAGUACAUGGCUUUGACGGAAGCUGCACAAGAAGCAAUUUGGCUGAAGGCACUAUUAUGUGAGCUCGAUGAGAUGAGGAGCGAUGAAGCUGUCAAGAUUUACGAAGACAAUCAAGGUUCCAUCGCUUUGGCCAAAAAUCCCGAAUUUCACAAGCGCACAAAACACAUUGACAUUCGGUAUCACUUUGUACGCGAAAAAGUGGCUGAAGGAACAUUGUUGUUGGAAUACUGCUCGACCAAGGACAUAAAGGCCGACCUGAUGACGAAGCCAAUUCCUGCAGUACAGUUUCAACAUCUACGGAACAUGCUGGGUGUCAAGGUGCUAACUUCUGCCGAGGCGAGUGGGAGUGUUGUCACAAAUGCGCCUCGGCAUGCGUAUUCGCACAAAAACCUGUAG